CGAGGUUGGGGUGACCGCUCGCUAAUUGGUCCGUUCUGAAGGGAGGCGGGACCCGCUCUGAGGCGAGGCCCCGCCCCGCGGUCGGUGGUCGCCCGGGUAGCGGAGAGGGCGGAGGCGGGGCGGCCAUGGCGGCGGGUCCGGGUCCGGCCGAGCCCAACCCCUUCUCCUUCCGCGAGUUCGUCCGCAGCAAGGCGCGGAGCUGCGAGGAGGCGGGCGGUGCUCACCAGGCGGCGCGGCCCGGCCUGAGCCUCGGCCCCAGCCUCGGCCCCCUCUUAUUCCCGGAUCCGGCGCCGCCGGGAGAGGCGGAGGACGAGGAGGAGGAGGAAUGGAGCGGGAGCUACCAGCCCUUGGUCGUGGAGCAGGCCCACCUCGCCGUCGCGGGCCCCGCCUCGCCCUCCGCCGGCUCCUUCUUCUGCGAGGGUGCGGGGCUGGCGGGCAGCGAGGACCCGAGCGUGGCCUGCCUCGGAGCCCCCCCGGGGCCGGGCUUUCACUCCCUUCGGCAGCCCAGCUACGAGGAGCUGAAAGAAGAGAAUGCCAGUUUGAGAAGCAAGAUCAAUAAGCUUCAGAUUUUCUCUGAAACUCAAGCAGACAAGAUGAGGAAGCUUGAAAAGAAGCUUGAGGAAAACAAAAUUAAAGAAGAAAAAGAAGCGCAAGAUUUGGAAGCAAUGGUGCAGCACGUGGAACAGAAUCUCCAGCUGAUGACUAAACGGGCUGUUAAAGCAGAAAACAAUGCUACAAAACUGAAACAGGAAAAUGCACUACUUCAGGUUCAGCUGAAGAAUUACAAGACAGAGAAUGAAGCCUUGAGGUCGGGCCAGUCGGCGAGUCUGGCUGUGGUGAAACAAAACGCAGACCUUGCCUUACAGAACCUUCUCACGGUUAUAACAAACUCCCGGUCUUCGAUCAAGCAGCUGGUCUCCGGAGCAGAAUCGCUGCAGCUCGUCGCUGAUCUCCUUAAAUCAAUAGACAGAAUUUCUGAAGUGUCAGAAGACGGACAGUGACUCAAACAAAACUGAGAACUUUGCCUUCAUGCGGAAACCAUUACUUCAAAGUUAAUUUCUGAUACACAACCUCGUUACGACGUGCGAAGCUGUUAGUGCCGCUGCAGAACGGGCUUUCCCGUCUCUACCUGCCGUGUGGCCGUGGCCGCCCCGGGUCGCUAAAACCCAAAGGGACAAGAGUAUGCCCCUUUUCCUGCUAGGCUGGGACCACGGCCCUGCCUCCCCUUGCAGCCUGCGCUCCCGUGAGCACCCCACGUUUUGGCCAUGACCCCGUGAGCACCCCACGUUUUGGCCGGGACUCCCCUUGCCAUUCUCUCCCCGUCAUGGCGGAGGGAAAAGGGCUGGCGGCGGGCGGUUUGCGCAGGGCGUCGAGUCCCCGAGGUUGCGGCGGGGCUCGGCCUCCGCAGGCGGUCUGUAACCCUCGUCCCGGCCGCUGUGUAACGGGUUUUGCGGAGCUAUUAAAGGCCGCGGAGGCGGCGGCACAGCC